AUGCCAGACUCUCGCCCGCUGUCGUCGAUGCGAUUCGGCCAGUAUGAUGAGCCGCCCGCCAGCAACAGCGAAUCGUCCACGCCCCGCUCUCGCCGGAGCCGCCUGCACCACGCCUUGAGAGCCACCGCCGAUAUGGCUGCCAACGACCUCGCCGAGAUGGGUGCCUCAACGUCGCACCUACCUCCGAGACGCUCACUGCUUGGGGCACUUCAGCGUAGACGACAGCGGUCACCAGCCACCGACUCUCGGGAUGGAUCAGAUGACCCAAGAAGACGAAGACCAAAACGUAGGAAGCUCGACUCAGACCGGUCUUCGUCUGCAAGACCUCCCAUAAAGUAUGGCCACUUCGGCCAGGUAGAACCGGGCAAAUUGAAGCUGGAGAUCAUAAGCUGCGAUGGAGGGGAGCACAGAGACCCCCGCCAUCCCAACACGUACUUGGGGUCUCAGAACUUGCUUCGACAUGACAAGAGCGUGUAUUGCUCGGAGAGGUCAAGCAGCAGCGUAGUUCUUCGACAUGCUGAUGACUCCCCAUUCUGUCUGGAGAAGCUCUACAUUGUCGGCCCUGAACAUGGCUUCACUGCUCCCGUUCGUGAGGGUCUAAUUUAUGUUGCAAUGUCACUGAACGAUCUUCAAAAGUACAUGGACCCACCACCGCAUGCCAGGCUUCACGGUGUCCACACACCCCCUUAUCGACGGCGACGCAGUUUCAGGGCUUCCCCCGAACGGAUCACGCUGUCUGAUGCUCUACGGGAUCCUGAGAUCAGUGCUGCCUUUGAUCAACGUGAUCGUGACUAUGCCAGCCGCGCUGAUGCUGCCAACGACCUGUCUGACGAGCCCUACUAUGGCGAUGACUUUGGCUUUGGUCGAGAGGAUGCAGAAGCUCACUGCGAGAUUCCUUCGACUGCAGACACGGCAGAAAUCGUCAUCAGCCCCGACGAUGCCAACUUACCAGUCACACUGUUAUCUGAUGAAGAGCCGGGUCCUGAGGAGAGCUCAUCUCAAGAAGUGCUCGACUUCCGCUUGCAACGCUUGCGAAAUAUGCGGCGCCAGAUCGAGGCUGAUAGCUGGGAUCGCGAGGAUUGGCGAACAGGCUCUGCUGGUCCUUAUGCUAACAACGAUGGUAAUGAAGCUCGCGAUGGAUCAUGGAACCUUCGACAUCUAGACGCGAUGAUGGCACGAUCUCGCAUGGCAGACUCCCCACAGAGGGACGAGUCGCCCGAGGAACGAGAACGAACUGAACGAUAUGCUUACCAGAACAACUCCGGCCCUGGGUCCUAUUACCACGCGACGGAAGUGGAGGGGUUGGAAUACUAUGACGAUGGCUUGAAUGAUCCAAAUGUCACACGUGCUCGAUUCCACAUUCGGAGGGGGAAGUACAAAGUUGCCAUCAAGUUCGAUCCCCCUGUGUCUGGCAGGUUCAUAUUGUUGAAGUUGUGGGCUGGUCGAGGGAACGUCGACGUGCAGAGUGUGAUUGCAAAGGGCUUUGGAGGGUCAAGAUUCUUUCCUGCUGUGGAGUAUCGGUAG